AUGGAUAAUGAAAGACUUACCUGGUUGAGAGUAUUUGGUUUACCUUGUCAUGCGUGGAACCCAAAAGUUUUCGAUUUCAUGACAAAACCAUUAGGGCACUAUGUGUGUUCUGAUGAAGAAACAUCCAAACACAAAAAUCUGGAUGUGGCUAGAGUUCUUAUCAGAAUAAAGUACUGCUUAGUUUUGAAUGAAACUUACAACAUUUCUAUCAAUGAAAAAGUUUUUAUAAUCAAGUUUGUUGAGGAUGUUCAUGGCCCUAUGAGAAUUACGGUGAACAUUCACGGAAAUAAGAAAAAAGGAGAGGAGGAUUUGCGGAAAGCUUGGAUGAUGAUGACAGUGGAGAAUAGAUAG